AUUGACUACCGGGGUUUGAACCGAGUUACUGUGAAGAACAAGUACCCUCUCCCGAGGAUUGAUGAGUUGUUGGAUCAGUUGAGGGGUGCUACUUGGUUCUCCAAGAUCGACUUGGCUUCAGGUUAUCAUCAGAUCCCUAUUCAUGAGGCAGAUGUGAGGAAGACAGCCUUCAGGACGAGAUAUGGGCACUAUGAGUUUGUGGUGAUGCCGUUUGGGUUGACAAACGCGCCAGCUGCGUUUAUGAGAUUGAUGAACAGCGUGUUCCAGGAGUUUCUGGACGUGUCAGUCAUCAUUUUCAUCGACGACAUCCUGGUAUAUUCUAAGAGUCCUGAGGAGCAUGCAGUACAUCUGAGAGCAGUGUUGGAGAAGCUGAGGGAGCAGAGGUUGUUUGCUAAGCUGAGCAAGUACAACCCAAGCACCCACCCAACCCGUCACUCGAUCACCUGA